AUGUCUGCAACGCAAUCAGUAGUUCAGUUUGAGAAGCCUUUAAAACAUCUGUCUCUAAAUGAUUGGAAUUUAAGAAUAAACCAAUUGCGUGAAAAUUCCGAAACAAAACGUUUAGAUUCAUUCAAUUUUCGACAAGUAUCUAGAAAUCUCAGAAAUGAAAGCACAGUUGAAAGCUUUUGGUCAACUUAUUACAAUAAUGAAAGAUUUUCUGAUCGGGUUGCUGAACUUGAUAGAUGGCGUCAAACGAUGAUAAAUUGUUUUAAUCGCAUCGAGAAUGAAAUAAAGUUAUUGGAUAAGGAAAAGGAAAGUACGGAAAAUUCUUUGGAAGCUCAAAUAACACCAUUGGUUGUUGUUUCGGAAUGCAUCAGCCAACGAGAUGUACGUUUAGCUUCAGAACUUACUUUCGAUGCUGUCGAUGAAGAACUAAAUCGUGAAUUGUGUAUUGUUGAAAAUAAUAAACGAUUAUUAAGAGAUCAAUGUCAUGAAGCAUGGUGUAAACUCAAUGAAUUGUAUGAAGUACGCUUCAAGUUGAAGAUUGACAUCGAGGAUAAGCGAGAAGCGGAAGACAUUGAUAGCGAACAGUUGGCAUUGAAUAAAAAUUCUUCGGCGAUAACUUAUAAAGUGGAUCCACAAAGAGUUCCCCGUAAUGCAUGUACCUACAACGGAUGGCUGAAUUAUUGCAAAGAACUAAAAAUUCUUACAGAGAAAGAACUAAAAGAAUCUUUUGGAAUUCGUGAAUCACUUUUCGUUGGUCGUGAGAAAACAAGAAAUUUAUUGUUCGCUCAACAGGAAAAGACUGAACACACUAUUCGUAGGCGAAUAUUUGAAACAGAGCGACAACGUAACGAGAUUCAAUGGCAAAAAAUGAAGACGCAAGAAGAAUCGGAAAAAGUUUCUCGUGAAAUAAAUGACUUACACGAAACGUUGAGAGUCAAGGAUAAUGCAUUGAAACUAGCCGAGACUCGACUAGAGAACCGAACUAAUAGAUCCGGAAUGGAGUUGGUGCUUGAUUCGGUGUACGAUGGUUUAGUAGAUGAAGUCGUCAAUUUACAUGAAAUUCGAAAGAUUAUAAAAGAACGGAUUUUAAAUGCAAAAGCAAUGCAUAAUAAUCUAGAAUCUCAAAUUGUAAAACUUUAUAAAGACCUCCAACAAAAAGAGCACACAUUAGCAGCUGAUGUCAAAGGUCUCGAUAUGCCGUUUGGGAGUUUUCCAGCAAUUCAUCAUCAAUUUUCUACAAUAGUAACCUCGUCUUCAACCGCUCCUUCUUCACAGGAAAAUCGUUACUCAUACCAAUCAUCUGUACCAACGUCUACAACUCCUGUUAAAUUUCGAGCUGAAGAUAUGGCUGGACAAAACAAAUAUGUCACCCAUUACCCAACAACUUCAUCAGCACAUCUUCAAUAUUAUAAUACGCCAAGUAAUCAGCAGCAACAAGACAAUUCCAAAAGCAACUAUUCCCAAGUAACUUCAGCCCCACCUUCUGUUACGACAUCAGAACUCUCACAAGAUAUAACAAGUUUACUUCUAAAAGAACAAGUGAAUUCUGAUUCAACAAAAAGAGUUUUACAAACAUCAUCAGUCGCAGAUUAUUUAAGUCAUUUACCAACAUCUCUGUCUUUACAUCACUUCCUUAAAUAUUCAGCUGAUGCAGCAAUCAAAAAAGAAUCGGUACAACCAACAAUGCAAAGUUUAAAUUUAAUUCCAUCAACAUCAAUUGCAAAUAUUAUACAACCCAUUCAACAAGCUCAAGUGAUUCAUAAUAUACAAUCUACUCAACAAUCCUCUUCUGGUCCCCCAAAAAAGAAGAAAAAGAAAAAAGCCACAAAAGAGAAGAAACCGAGACCAAAGGCGGGUGAAAUAAGGCUAAAAUUUGCGCUUGAUGGAUCAAUGCUUUUUGUUUGUCCUGAGUGUCAAGUAGCUUAUCCCGAGAAAGAAAUUCUCGAUCAACAUAUGAUUGGCCACCAAAAUAUGGAACGUCGUUUCGUUUGUGAAAUAUGCAAUGCUGCGCUUAAAAGAAAAGACCAUUUAACUAGACAUAAGCAAUCUCAUAAUCCAGAGAGACCUUAUUUGUGUCAUUGUUUGAAAGCAUUUAAAAGGAAAGAACAGCUUUCAUUGCAUGCAGUAAUACAUUCAGGUCAUAAGAAACAUGCAUGCGUAGAGUGCGGAAAAGGCUUUUACCGAAAAGAUCAUCUUAGAAAACACACGCGAUCUCAUAUAGCUCGUCGAUUAAAAGCAGAACUUAGUCAACAACAAGUCGGACCACAGAAUGCAAGUCCAUCACAAAAUCCACAGGAACAAGAAGCAUUGCAACAGGCGCAACUUCUUCAGCAAAUUCAAAAUCAUUCAAUUAAUCAGCAAAAUAACUGUUAA